AUGUGGGCAAGGACGAGCAAGACGUGGAAGCAGGAAAAGCAGGAUGGUGACCUGGACACAGAGACAGGGGAGGCUGGGACAGCUGAAGAAAUGGCGGCUGCUGCAGUGGCAGCAGCAGCCGUUAGGCAAGAAGAAGCAACAGCAGCGGUGGCGGAGGCACAUCCAGCGGUGUGCCGGCAGUACUCGCUGGCGGAGGUGGCGGCAGCGACGGGUGAGUGGGCGGAGGCGAAUCGCAUUGGCAGCGGCAGCUUCGGGGAUGUGUACAAGGGCGCCAACCCCACCGCUCCCCAUGAGAUCUGGGCCGUCAAACGCGCCAAGAUACUUACGAAUGAUUUCAAGCGCGAGGUGAACGAGAUGGCGACCAAGAAUCACCCGAACCUGGUGCGGCUGCUGGGGUACUGCUUCGACAUGAAUCACACCACGGAGCGCAUCGAGCAGAUUGUCAUCUAUGAGUUCAUGGUCAAUGGCGACCUCGAACGCUGGAUUGGACCCCGUAAGAAACUCCACUCUUUUCCACACUUUACCACUCUAAUCUAG